UAAACUGGCGGCGCAGCGUUGAGUUUACUCGCGCGCGACGGGCUUCAUUGAAGGCCCACAUGAUCCGGUGGGAACUGUAGGGGUAACCGGGAAGGGCUCCUGGCAGCGUUGGCGCUGCGGUGUUCCAGAAUCCCCCUGCCCGAGACUGUGUCCCCCUGGCCCCGGCUCCCGGUGCUCUCGGGCCGCCGAUCCGCUCCCGGAAGCUGUGGCAGUUGGUAACAAAGAGCCUGCCAGGCCGCCGCUGCCCGGGCUGUGGGACCCAGGAGUCCGGCGGAGCUGCUGGGGGUGAGCGCAAGCCGGGCCAUGAGUCCAGGUUCGUGGCGGUGAGAGCUGGCUUUUGAAGCGCCGGUGCGGGCGGAGAGGCCAGUGCCUGCCUCCUCGCCGUCCGCGGGACUCGGGGCGCAGGUGCCCCUGCUCUCCCCGCCGCUCCACCCAGGAAGGAGGCUUCACGACCGACCCCCGGUGGCGCCUGGCCUUCAGCUGCAGGGGACCGACUCUCAGCCCUGGCCGCCAAACCCGGAUUUCUCUGCAGGACUCAGAGGACCCGAUUCUUCUCCGGGGUGUCCUGAAGCUUUGUGUAAAAAAGCUGGGGACGCCUGAUGGUUUUUGAUUUUAGUAAAAAGUUUUUAUAAUUCUCCGUUUUUAGAAAUUUUUGCAGAGUUUGAAGUACUGUCUACCUCUUCGCAUCCUUUCUCCUGCUCCUGGAGUCUUUUUCUCCUCAGCUAUAACCAUUUUUACUAUCGAAGCUGACCAGGGAUGAACGUUUUGUAAUUGAAAGUACAACUUAUAACCACGUCGAGAGAGUAGUCAAGAUGGACAAAAAGUCCUUUGAAACGGUGCUGGAUGAAAUUAGAAAGGCUGUUUUGACAGAGUACAAAUUAAAAGCAAUUGAAUAUGUGCAUGGAUAUUUCUCAAGUGAACAGGUGGUUGAUUUACUGAGAUAUUUCUCCUGGGCGGAGCCUCAGUUGAAGGCAAUGAAAGCAUUACAACAUAAAAUGGUGGCUGUUCAUCCAGCAGAAGUGGUCAAUAUACUCAACUGUUUCACCUUCAGUAAGGACAAACUGGUUGCUCUUGAACUGUUAGCUUCAAACAUUGUUGAUGCACAGAAUUCUCGUCCCAUUGAAGAUUUAUUCAGGAUAAAUAUGUCUGAGAAGAAAAGGUGCAAGAGAGUACUUGAACAGGCUUUCAAGGGAGGCUGCAAAGCUCCUCAUGCUAUGAUAUCUUCCUGUGGAACGAUCCCAGGAAAUCCCUAUCCCAAAGGAAAACCUAGUCGUAUAAAUGGAAUUUUCCCAGGAACCCCUUUGAAAAAAGAUGGUGAAGAAUGUACCAAUGAAGGCAAAGGAAUUGCUGCACGAAUUCUUGGACCAUCCAAACCACCUCCUUCAACAUAUAAUCCACAUAAACCUGUUCCUUAUCCAAUACCUCCAUGCCGGCCACACGCAACUAUUACACCAAGUGCUUAUAACAAUGCAGGUCUGGUACCACUCGCCAGUGUCAUCGCUCCAGGUGUACCCCCUCCACCUCCAUAUACUCCUAAUCCAGUAGGAACAGAAAAUGAAGACCUUUCGAAUCAGCCAAAACCUACACAGAAUCAAACAUUUUCUGCCUCAGCAAGUCAGCUCUUUUCUCCUCAUGGUUCUAAUCCUUCAACACCUGCGGCAACUCCCGUCCCUACUGCAUCCCCGGUCAAAGCUGCGAAUCAUCCCUCAGCGUCAGGCACUGCCAGCAUUUCCGCGCUGAACAUGCCCAGUACUGUGCUUCCUGUGUUCCCAGGGCAGGUCUCUUCAGCCGUUCAUACACCUCAGCCGUCAGCACCGAAUCCAACCGUUAUCAGGACCCCUUCAUUGCCAGCCGCACCUGUCACCUCUGUCCACAGCACAACAUCUACUCCUGUUCCUUCAGUUUUUUCUGGUCUGGUGCCACUGCCAGGUCCUUCUGCCACUCCUACCCCAGCUCCUCAGGCCACAGCCACUCCUCGGGCCACUCCUGCUUCCAGUGAAACGUUUGCUUCUACUUCUGUCCCUUUCACUAGCCUCCCCUUUUCUACCACCUCUACUGCUGCUUCUGCCAGCAACCCAAAUUCUGUUUCAUUGUCAUCAGUUUUUGCAGGUCUCCCCUUGACCUUCACACCAACAUCCCAAGGCGUGUCCAACCCAACUCCUUCUGUAAUUGCCAGUGGUUCUGCUCCCAGUGUUGCUUGUCCACUUGGUGUAAACAGUCCUCUUCUGUCUGCUUUAAAAGGCUUUCUGACAUCGAAUGAUACCAAUUUAAUCAACCCUUCUGCUUUAUCCUCUGCUGUUACAAGUGGGCUGGCUUCACUCUCUUCUCUUACUAAUCACAACUCAGAUUCUCCUGUUUUAGCCUCUAACAAGUGCUAUGCCCCAUCGGCCAUUCCCACCCCACAGGGGUCGUCCACUCCGGGAUUGGCCAUGUUCCCAGGGCUGCCAUCUCCUGUGGCCAGCUCAACUUCCUCUCCCGCUGCUUUGCCUGUCCAGUCUCCUCUAGCUGCUCCAACAUCAGCUUCAACGUCAGGGCCAGUGAGUUCUGGCUCCUCAGCUACCCUUUUGCAUGGUCCCCACCCAAGUAACUCAGACCUGCAUAUUUCAUCUACUCCUGCUGUAACAACUAUUCCUGUUAUGAUCAAAACUGAGCCCACGAGUCCUACUCCCUCAGCUUUCAAAGGCCCAUCUCAUUCCGUGAAUCCCUCUCAUGGCACUUUAGGUUUGUCAGGGACACUGGGUCGCGCAUAUACUUCAACAUCAGUGCCCAUCAGUUUAUCUACUUGCCUUAAUCCUGCGUUAUCAGGUCUUUCCAGUUUGAGUACUCCCUUGAAUGUUUCAAAUCCCCUUUCCUCUAUUUCCCUUCCACCACAUGGUUCCUCCACUCCUAUCACUCCGGUAUUCACUGCUCUUCCUCCUUUUACUUCAUUAACCAAUAAUUUCCCUUUAACAGGCAAUCCAUCUCUUAAUCCAUCAGUAUCUCUUCCAGGGUCAUUGAUAGUCACCUCAUCUGCAACUGUCUCGUCCACAUCUGUCCCUCAUCCUAGUUCUACAGCAGCUGUUCGCUCAGGGCUUUCUGUCUCAGCACCAGUCUCGGCAGCACCUUUCCCCCUUAGCUUGUCGACUGCUGUCCCCUCACUUUUUUCAGUGACUCAAGGACCUCUGCCAUCUUCAAAUCCCUCCUACGCUGGCUUUUCCGUCUCUAACACCCCCAGUGUUACUGCUGCUCUCCCCUCAUUCCCGGGGCUGCAGGCACCCGCUACAGUUGCAGCGGUCACACCACUACCAGUUGCUGCUACGGCCCCAUCACCAGCUCCUGUCCUCCCAGGAUUUGCUUCAGCAUUUAGUUCCAAUUUCAACUCUGCUCUUGUUGCACAAGCCAGCUUAUCAUCUGGACUUCAAGCUGCAGGCAGUUCUGUUUUUCCAGGCCUUUUAUCCCUCCCAGGUAUCCCAGGGUUUUCCCAGAAUCCUUCACAGUCAUCCUUGCAAGAAUUACAGCAUAAUGCAGCUGCACAGUCAGCAUUGUUACAGCAGGUUCAUUCAGCGUCGGCUCUGGAAAGCUACCCAGCUCCGCCAGAUGGGUUUCCUAGUUAUCCUUCAACACCAGGAACACCAUUCUCUUUGCAACCAGGCCUGUCUCAAAGUGGAUGGCAGUGAAUAUAUUUUAAUUUGUAUUCUCCUUUGGAGCAACAUCAGAAUUGCCUAAGGACUGCAGUGAACGAACAAUCUGACAAAUGUGAAGUUGGCCAGAAGUCAGAAAAUGAGAAUGAGGAUAAUCCUGGGGAAAUUGGGAUAGGAGUUUAAAAACAAACUUGCAUUUUUAAAUGGUUUUAAGUAUGAAUACUCCCCUGUGUAAAUAUACUGACAAUUGUAUGGAGAAUAGUAUUUAAAAAGUGGGGACUUUUCACCUCCCACCUCAUGAAAUUUUGAGUCAUGUAUGUAAUCUGUGUAGAAAGAAUACUAAAGAGGAGGUUGAACUCUUAUAGCCGAAUACAGCCUUAAAUCUGCUUGUAUAGCAUCCAGUGACAGAAGUAAUAGUUGUGCCUCAGACUGACGGGUUGCAUGUGGCACUGGGGGAGUUACUACCCUUCGUGUGUAUGAGUGGUUCCCGAUAGCAUCAUUGGAACUCUGUACCCCGUGUGUGUACGCAAAAGGGGAUUUGAGACCCACAGUUAUUUUUAAUUUCUGACAUUAAUGAUCAUACAUAGUCUGCUGACUUUAACUCUAUAUUUAAGUAAGUGAAAAUGGUGCUUAAUACAGUCUUUAGAAUAACUUUCAGGUGUUUUCAACUACAAAUAUAUAUCCAGAACUACUUUCUUACAGAAAUACAAGUAAGGCUUGUGAUAAUUUGCCUUUAACACUUAAUCUCAGCAAUAUCCAAAUGAGUGAGGCACAGCUGACUGACUCGUGGGCCACCUCUAUUACUCGUACUCUGGAAGCUUUUGGUGAAUGUUUACAAUCAUGGGAUGUAGUAUUUCUAUUUGUACUUCAAGUCAAAUGCUUAUCUAAAAUAAUUAUGUGACGAUACAUAGAGAAGACUUGCUCUGUUAGUAAAUAUGCAGCGUGUACUCUAUUUAAGGAUGUGUGGUAGUAUAACAUGAUUGAAUGUCAUUAAUUUAAGUAUAGUAACUGCCACAUUUGGGGAGAUGGGGGAGUAAGGAGAAUGAUUUCCGAUCCUGUGAUUAAAAGUGUAAACUAUAGAAUCUACUGUAGUACAUUUCAGCAUCUAGAAGUUUUACUUUUAUAAAGAUGGUGUUUGGAAGAUGUUGCUAAUGUAUUUUCCUUCAAUAUGGGGAACAAACUUUUUAAGUAUAUUAAUAAAUAUUCCUGUAUGGUUAGUUUUUAACAAUUUUUUAAAAUAAACUUUAUGGAUAUGACA